CGCCGACCCAGCCUUCCGCCGGCCGCCGCCUGGUCUGAACGUCGAGUACCGGGUCUGGCAGCUGGGCCGCCACCAGCUGCUGCUGCGCACGGCCACACACGGCAUGCGGGAUAACCCGCUGGUCGGCCUGAUCCGCUACACGGUGCACGCCAAGCCCGCCUACCAGCCCGGCUACGGCGUCGAGAAGAUGAGCCGGGCCGAGCUGAUCCGCCAGUGGCUGGACUGCCUGGUGCGGCCUGACAGCCGCGUGCUCCGAGUGCACUUGGAUCCUGUCAGCCUGAUUGUGAUCACUCCAGAGGAGAGGACCCUCAAACAGCUGACCGACGAGCUUAUCAAGUAUGACACGGGAUUUCGGCCACAGUACGGUCUUCAGGUGCUGGAGUCGCUGCUGCGGGAGCUGGGUGACCUCGAGCCAGGCCAGUACCUGCUGUCACACGACGCCCGCGCCGGCGCCUUCGCCCGGCUGGCUCGCGCCGACGCCGGCCCUGGCGGCACCGACUUGCACUCGAGCUUCUCGGACGCGCCGCGAGAGGUGCGGCUGUCGGCGCCUCCGAGCAUCAGCAUCGACCCGUCCGUGCUGACGCCGUACAACAUAACCUUCGGCCGCGUACCGGCCACUUUCGACUACGGCAUGCGUCCAGGCGUAGGUGAGGCGGGAUGGAAGGAGUACUGGGCAAAAAUGAAGGAGAGGGGAAAAACGAGGAAGAAGAAAAAGAAUCCAGGCAAAGCGAAAAAGCAAAGUGAUGAACCAAGGGAGGAGAAGGGCGACAGAAAGGACAAAAAGCCAAGGCAAAGCGAGAAAACAACAUGA